AUGGCAUAUAAUAAUACCCAGCGAUACCUCUUGCUUUCGGACUGUUCGCGCGCGUUUUUGGCAUUUUGCGUGCUGGCACGGUUUGCGAUUCUGUUUCCGCUCAUUGGAACGAGGUUUCUCCCCGGUGGCAUCGCUGACUUUUUCCUGACCGUGUACCUGACAAGUGUGCUUGUGGACGGGUUCGAAUACGUGACAAUUUUCCGCAAAGUGCCCAAGAAGGGUGUUUCUCGCACCUCUGGCUGGCGCGUGCUAGGAUCCAUCGGUGCAAGGGCAUUGGUGACCGCGCUCAUUCUCAACUACCCUAAGUCUGCGAAGAAUAUCAGCUUCAGUGUCUUGAUCUCGUCCUCAAUGCUGGUGGACUGCUCGCGCCAUCUGUACAAUUUCUACAAGGUGCGGACGUUUGGAGGGUCUGUGUGGUGGCUGACCAACCUGCGACGCAUUAUGUUUGGUUUGCUGAGCCCUGUGCUCACUGCCAGCGAGGCUGCCAUGAUCUUCAUCUGCCUGAGACUCAUGGAGACCGAGUACGGCUACUACAGAGAGUACGUCGACUACGACGUGUGGGCCGACCGUGCCGCAGUGUUGGUCAAGGGCGUACUAUUUGCAUAUGCGCCAGUGUUCUAUAUCACAUACAAAAACAAGAUGACAGCAUUCUGGAGACUGAACACAGACGCAACCAAGAAAACCCAGUGAUCACGUGUACACGCCAACGUACGAGGACAGAAACAGUAUUCCGAACGCGCCAGAAACAGCCCCGAGAAGCGCGAAAACCACAUACAAUGCCGAGUUUCUCUUGCCUGAGCUGGGGAAUGUGACGCAAUACAGACCGCUAACGGCAGCAAUGCUCAGCAGCGUGAAGGCCAGCACGGCAUGGUACGCCACCGGCACCAAUUCGUGGAAGUACGCGUAGGACGAGUAUUUGGACUGCGUUAGUGCAAUUGAGAGAAAUGAGCUGUACUUACCACCAGGUUGUACGCCAUUAUAAAUAAAUAGCAA